AUGCUCUGGCUCUCCAGGAGGCCCGAGUGGCAACGCUCCCGCGAAUUCGAAACGACCAUCCGCUCCGGGUCCACAUCCACCAGCUCCACCUUUGGCAGCCCCGCCGACCAAGAAUGGGACGAAGCAGAACGCGAAUGGGAGGCAUACAACGCCCACUUUGAACGGGGCUACUCCCAUCACGGGCAAGACGGCGAAGACGACACAGACCCCAUCGAGAAACCCAAAACCCGCAUCGUCUUCCAGCCCACCUACGACACCACCCACACCAUCUUCUUCCGCGGGCACUGGCUCCGCGUCCGCCGCUCCCGAAAACACGACACCAACUCGGAGAUGAUCAGUAUAAGCGUCAUCGCACGAUCGAACAAUAUCCUCAAACAGUUGGUCCUCCAGGCGAAGAAGGAGUACGAGGCCGAGUGCGUGCACAGGAUCCAGAUCUACUUUGCGGAUGCGCACGGGUCGUGGAGGUGGACGGAUUCGAGGGCGAAGCGCCCUUUGAGCUCUAUCGUGCUCAACCCGGGUGUGAAGGAGAUGUUGGUCGACGACGCGAAGGAUUUCUUGCGAUCAGAGAAGUGGUAUGCGGACCGGGGUAUCCCUUUCCGCCGGGGAUAUCUCUUGUACGGCGUCCCAGGCUCGGGCAAGAGCUCCCUCAUCCACGCCCUCGCCGGAUACCUCCAACUGGACAUUUACGUCGUCUCCCUGAGCGCUUCGUGGAUAUCGGACUCGACGUUGACGAGUUUGAUGGGCCGCGUCCCGGCUCGAUGUGUCGUUCUGCUGGAAGACCUCGACGCCGCCUUCACCCGUAGCGUAUCGCGAGACGACGAGGAAGAGAUCCUAGGGUCGAGCAACAACAACAACAAUAACGGCAACAACGGUGGCAACAACAACAACGCCGAAGGACCGCAAGAGCAGCAAUCCGGAUUCUCCUCGUUCUACGGCUCAGGCCGCCGUAGAGGAGGUAGGAGCGGUCGGUCAGGAGAGUACCUCUCGGACGUCAACACCCUCUCCCUCAGCGGACUGCUCAACGCCCUGGACGGCGUCGCAGCCUCCGAAGGCCGCCUCCUCUUCGCCACCACCAACCACCUCGACAAGCUCGACGAAGCCCUCCGCCGUCCCGGGCGCAUGGACGUCUGGAUAGAGUUCAAGAAUGCGAGCAAGUGGCAGGCGGAAGCGUUGUUCCGCAACUUCUUCCCUGCGUGUGAUGAAGAUGAGGUGGAGGAUGUGGAUUCGGAUGGGGCGUUGAGCGCUGGAGAGCUUGAGGCGCGUCGUCGGGAUGCAAGGGAGGCGCAGAAGAGGCGCGAGCGCGAGGUGGAUGAGGCGUUAAAGAAUAUCAAGGUUGAGAGCCGGAUGUUCACUCCCAACCCCCCAGUACCGACGACGGGCGUCCCUUCGAGCCCGUCGACAUCGAGCGUGUGGAGUAUCGCCUCGAGCGCUUCGAACCUUCUCUCCUCCGCCUCUUCAUUAUCGCUGCCAUUCGGCUCUUCGUCGGGAUCAUCGACGCCUUCGGUCUCCCCCGCGUCGUCUACAUCGGCAUCUAGGAAGACAUCCUCCGCAUCGUCAUCGAUAGCCUCCGCCGCCGCCGCCGUUUCGUCGUCGAGACCGCACGUCAAGAAGUUUGGAGAAGGCAAUACAGCGUACAUCGCACCCCCGCCUACGGACGAUAUCGCCUCCCGCCGUCAUUCUGCUGCUCCGCUCGAUAAGAAGACGCUGGCUGUGCUGGCGAAGAAGUUUGCGGAUGGGGUGCCUGAGGAGGAGUUUAGCGUUGCUGGGUUGCAAGGAUACCUCCUAAAGCACAAAUCCAACCCUCACCUCGCAGCCUCCAACAUCGAGUCAUGGGUCGCCUCCGAACGCGCUCUCCGCGUCAAACUUGCGCAAGAAAAAGCAGCACGCGAAGAACGCGAGAAGCAGCUCCGCGAGAAGCGUCGUCAAGAACUGCUCCUCAAGAGGGAAGAGAAGAAGAAGCAGGAGGAGAAGGAGGCUGAGAUGGAGAAGAUUAAGGCCAAGUUGGCCGAGAAGGAGAAAGAGGAGGAGUUGGAGAAGAUGAGGCAGAAGUUGAGGGAGAAAGAGGAGGAGGCGAGGAAGAAGGAGAGGGAGGAGAGGGAGGGGAAGAGUGGUGAUAGUGCUGAGGAGAAGAAGGAAGAGGAGAAGGUGGAAGAGAAGAAGGAAGAGCAUAAGACUGAGGAAGAGAAGAAGUCCGAUUCGGAUGACGAUGAGGAUAAGGAGAACUGGUCAGAUGCUUUGCCUUGA